AUGCAUUUCAAGUCUUACGCUACAGCUGCCUUAUACGGCCUGCCUCUUCUGGCAAACGCGGCGCCCUCUGCUUCGACCGCGUCCUCUGCCGCAAGUGAGAACUCCGCUCACUUCAAGGAGUACACGAUCUCAGCGGAGAACAUCACCGCCACUCUCAUCCCCUAUGGAGCGCGUCUGACCUCACUUCUGGUCCCCGACCGUAAUGGCAACACCCAGGAUGUCUUGGUUGGUUAUGAUAACCCCAUUGAGUACCUGCACGAUUCUGAGACCAAUCGCACCUUUUUCGGCGCCGUCGUGGGUCGGUACGCCAAUCGCAUUAAGAAUGGUACUUUCACCAUCGAUGGCACCACCUACCAUAUUCCAGAGAAUGAUAACGGUGGCAAGGACACACUCCACGGUGGCCCUGUUGGUUAUGAUAUGCGCAACUGGACGGUCACUGCCCAUGACUCGUCUUCUAUCACCUUCAGCCUCCUGGAUGAGGGCUUCGAAAAUUUCCCUGGCGAUGUGAUUUCCCACGCGCAGUUCAGCCUCUCCACCGAGAAGUCGCCAGAGAACCCCAAGGGAUUGCCUCAGCUGACCACCAAGUUGAUCUCCCUGGCCUUGACCACCAAGACCCCAAUCAUGCUCGCCAACCACCUCUACUGGAACCUCAACGCCUUCAAGGAGGAAACCAUUCUGAAUGACACCAGCCUGCAGAUGCCUCUGACUCAGCGCUUCAUCGCCGGGGAUUCCCUCUUGAUCCCCACCGGCGAGAUUUUGACCGUUGACUCUGCCUACGACGGUGCAUUGGACUUCACCGAGCCCAAGCUUAUCGGUCAGGACCUCAGCAAGACCACAGGUCUUUGUGGUAAUAACUGCACUGGCAUCGACACCUGCUUCCUCAUCGACCGCCCCGCUGCCUACGCUGCUGAGAACUCGAUGGUCCCCUCGGUGCGCCUGACAUCCGAAACCACCGGUAUCAGCUUGGAGGUUGCAACCAACCAAGCCGCUCUGCAGAUCUACUCCUGCAACGGUCAGAACGGCACCAUCGCGACCAAGGAGUCGCAGGCCAAGCGCAACAAGGAGCAGGAUGGCAGCCCCGGUGCCGCCUACGUCAACAAGUACGGCUGUCUCGUCAUUGAGACCGAGGAUUGGAUUGAUGGCAUUAACCAGCCUGAGUGGGGCCGUGACCAGUACCAGAUUUUCGGGGCCGAUGAUGGCCCCGCUGUGAACUGGGCCACAUACCAAUUUGGUACUUUCUAA